AUGGAGAUGAAGUUGUUACCACGGCAUCAGAAUUAUUUCAAUAUCAAUACUAUACUAUCACUAGUAUCCAGCCUUACUCUCAUCAUUUCUUAUAUGCCCAUAGAUGUUAAUUGCCUUGCUGCGAUCAAGAAUGAUAACAAAUCAAGUGAUCGAUUAGCGCUAGUUGCAUCAACAGAAAAACAAAUUUUCGAACUUCCCUCUUUAUCAAUUGGUCUAGACUUAGGGACUAACUCAUUGACUGGUGCACUUCCUAGCGAAGUUGGUAAACUGAAAAACCUUGGGGAGUUGCUCCUAGACAGGAACAAAUUAUCUGAGGGAGCGGUACCAAAGGAUGGAGUGUUCAAGAACAUAAAUGCAGUUUCAGUUGAUGGAAGUAGUAGGCUCUGUGAUGGUAUAUCUGACCUAAAGCUAAGGAAUUGCUCUGUUCCAAUAAAUCCCAAUAUGGAGUGGAACCAAAAGAAAUCAAAGUCUGUCAAAGCUAUAAUAAUCUGCAUAUUUAUUGCGGUUGUGUUUUUAACUUUGAUUGUUUUUUCUCUCUAUAUGUAUUGGCGAAGGAAGUCAAAAACCAAACUUCCUUCAACAGCUUUAGACGUGGGUAUACGGUUCAAAGGAAUUUCUUACAAUGAGCUUCUUAAAGCUACCAAUGGAUUUAACCGUUCUACCAAUUUUCUUGGUAUGGGAAGUUUUGGUUCGGUGUCCAAGGGAAUUCUUCAACAAGAUGAAUCAAAACCUGUUGCAGUGAAAGUUCUACACCUUCAACAAAGAGGUGCAACCAAAAGUUUCAUGGCUGAAUGUAAUGCUCUAAGGAAACUUAGACACAGAAACUUGCUUAAGAUCAUUACUUGUUGUUCAAGUACUGAUUUUCAAGGUAAUCCUUUCAAAGCUCUAGUUUUUGAGUUCAUGGUUAAUGGGAGUUUAGAGAAUUGGCUGCACCCGUCUGUAAGUGAUACAAACAGCGCCAGUCAGCUGCAAGAAAAGAAUUUGGACCUGGAAAGAAGAUUGAGCAUCGCAGUCGAUAUUGCUUUUGCAUUAAAUUAUCUUCACCAUGAUUCUCAAUCGCCCAUUGUGCAUUGUGAUGUGAAGCCAAGUAAUGUCCUUCUCGAUGAUGAUUUUGUUGCACAUGUGGGUGAUUUUGGCCUGACUAAGUUCCUAUCUAUUAAUUCAAGUUCCUCUCGGCAGUUGACCGAACAAGAUGCAAGCUCAGUUGCAAUAAUGGGCUCCAUUGGUUAUGUUUCUCCAGAAUAUGGAAUGGGUGGCGAAGCGUCAAUCCAAGGUGAUAUGUAUAGCUUUGGGAUUCUUUUGCUAGAGAUGUUUACAGGAAAGAGACCAACGGAUGACAUGUUUAAGGAUGGUCUAACCAUUCAUGACUUCUGUAAGAUGCAUGAGUUACCAGAGCGUGUUGAAGAGGUUAUCGAUUCACGUUUGUUGUUAGAAUUAAUAGAAGAUCAUAAUGAUGCUGAAAUUACCAAUAACAAUAUUCUAAGGAACGAAAGAAGAAUCACAUAA